CCAGGAAAAAAAAGCGUGCAUGACUUUGGGAAUCCGAAUUGCGGAACCAGACACUUGGAGUACUGGAUACUGUUCGAACUGGAUACCAUUCAUAAAUUUAUUUCAUCGACUCUUGAGUCUUACUCGACGUCAUCGCUGACGUUGGCUCGUGUUGCAGCUGAUCUGCUCUCAACCGACAUGUGGGGAUGCUUGGUAAUUGGGAUCCGAAGACUGGCCGCAAUUUCUAUGGUGUUUGGUUAUGAGGAGGCUUUCUGGCUGAUUUUUCUCCGCGUUGCCGGCGCUGGCUGUCUUGCAUCUCUUUUCCGUGCUGGGUAUUCUUCUUUCUUGCGCCUCCUGGUUAUUUUCUGGUGUAUCGGCUGUGGCACCCUGUCUCUGUUGCUUUCAAGGACUUGUUGGGAGUAUUUCUUACGAUGUCUUGAGUCCGGCGGGGAGCACCGGCUGAUUCUCUACUAUGUCAGCGCGGUCAUGAUAUCCGGUGAUGCUGUCCACGAGCUAUAUGUAGAUAUGAGCAUACACGGCGUUAACCUCUGUUUUCUGAAUGGUUGUUCUCUGGUUCUAUCCAAGGUGGCUCCCAUUUGUCUGAUAAUCAAUUUACAGUCUAUUGACCCUGUAAAACUACAUUACCUUGGAUCAUCUCUCGUUUGCCGUUAUUCCUCCCAAGCCUGCCCGCUAAACACUGCUUCUAUCACUGUACUAUAUGCAGUCUGCACAUGGACUCAUUUGUGAUUAUACCGUGUCCUUGAUUCCUUCCGAGCCUGCAUUGUGACGGCCGUAUACAUGCUUUGUGGCUGGGCUCAGGUCAGGGCAUCUGCCUAACCGCCGAAAAGGGUCGAGGCCUCACUCACUUGUGUUGUUUGACGGUGCAUAAUUAUAUUCACCGUCGCCCAUCUCUUCGACGACUAAGCGACGGUUCUAUG